AUGCGCUCCAUCCACCGCGAACUCGACGCCAUCUUCAAGCACUUCUACCGUUCGCUCCAGAUGCUCGAGGACCAGUUCAAGCUGUGCCAGCAGCUACGGGCGCAGGUGGAGGACUACCAGAAGCAGACCGAUCUGGUCCGCGCCUGCCUGCUCUCUCUCAACGGCAUCACCCACAACCUCGACCAGAUUGAGAAGCUUGUUUUGGGCCUUUGA